AUGGCACUUCUAUAUCAAUGGAAAAAACCUCUGCAUCAAUUUUCAGAAUCAGGAAGCAAAACUUUAUGUCCACAAGAAAGGGAAAUCCUGCAUUUCUGCAGUUUAUUGCUUGGAAAUGCUGAUUUGCUGAUAAUUCUUGUUGUACUUUAUCCAGUCACCGAUUUGUGGAGAAAAUUGAGAAGUUCUAUAUCAAUGUUGAAUAUGUUUAGCCCCAGGAAGCUACCUUGGAUAUCUGGUACAGAUGACCAGAAAAAGGUAGUUCUAACUGCUGUAGAAGUAGAAUCUCUUCGGUCAGAAAUUGCUGCUUUGGAAGAAAGAGAAGCUCAUUUAAAAGCUCAAUUAGAACAUAUUGACGAAAUACUGCAGUCUGCUCGCAUGUCGGGUUAUUUGUAUCUGAGAACGAGAUGGGAGGCUUUACCAGGGGAACCUCUUCCAAUCGAUGAUGACACUGAAGUUGAUGACUGGCUUCCUAAAUUUCUUGUUCUUCAGGGAUCGGGUAUUUUCUUGUAUUCAUCAUCCAUAGAUCUGAGUCCUCAAGACUCAACUCUUCUAUCUGAUGUUGUUGAAGUUGGAGCCAUGCCUUGUCUGACACGAGACAACGGUGAUACUCGAUAUUGCUUUUUUAUUUCAACUCGUCAUGGGCUGAGAUAUGAAUGCUCAAGUGCUUCCAAAAUACAGGUUGAUUCCUGGUUGGCGUCAUUACCGAAUCAUUCUGAUCUGCAAUCUAACUGCACCGCGCCUGAUGAAUUAACCAAUACUGGUUUGGCCCAGCCCGAAUCCUUAAACCUUCCUCUUUCACGCGUCCUAAAUGUGGGUGUGAUCACGCGCGACUUCAUUGGGAAUCUCACAUAUAUAAGUUAUAUAGCUUCACUCAAUUGGUCACUCUCUUUCUCUCUCUAUCACUUCACUAUUUUUUUUUACUUUCUCUCUCUAAAAAGCUCAGAGAUGAAUUCUCAGAUUUGCAGAUCUGCUUCAAGAGCAGCUAAGUCACUCCUUUCUGCUUCAUCUAAGCAGACUUCUCGUGCUUUUUCAGGAGGACGAGCAGCAGCUGCAGCAGCCACAGUUUCAUUGAGAGGAGUGGUGCCUUCUCUAGCCUCAUAUGGCAGGAAUGAAUCUGGAAAUGCAUCUAGAGCUUGGAUUUCUGGUGUCCUUGCCCUUCCUGCAGCAGCUUACAUGCUCCAGGAGCAAGAAGCAUAUGCUGCCGAGAUGGAGCGCACCUUUAUCGCCAUCAAGCCAGAUGGAGUACAGAGAGGCCUGAUUUCAGAAAUCGUAUCACGCUUUGAGCGCAAGGGCUUCAAGCUGGUUGCAAUCAAAGUUGUGAUUCCUUCCAAGGAAUUUGCAAAGAAGCACUAUCAUGACUUGAGUGAGAGACCAUUCUUUAACGGCUUGUGCGACUUCCUUAGCUCUGGCCCUGUCUUAGCAAUGGUUUGGGAAGGUGAAGGUGUAAUCAGAUAUGGAAGGAAGCUUAUCGGAGCCACCGAUCCACAGAAAUCUGAACCUGGAACCAUCAGAGGCGAUUUAGCUGUUGUAGUCGGAAGGAACAUCAUCCAUGGCAGCGAUGGCCCCGAGACCGCAAAGGAUGAGAUCAACCUAUGGUUUAAACCAGAGGAGUUGGUUAAUUACACCAGCAACUCUGAGAAGUGGCUAUAUGGUGAUAACUAAGUGAAUGUACUCUUGCAUUAAUCUAAUUAAUUGCCAUUAAACAGGCAUGAGGAGUAACAAACUCAUACAUCAAAAUAAUGCCAAUUUUUCCUAAGGCGAGAAGCAAUUUUACAUUUAGUAUACUAUUUAAAAUCACCACAAUAAUAUGUAUUUGAAACAAUGAACUUCAUUUAUGUAUUGAAACAUUGAAUUUCAUGAUUCUUGUUCCAAUACAAUGAUUUAUAGCAAUAAUUGGUGGGGAUGCAUCA